AUGGACUGUACUCAACCUUCAGGCGAAUCUGCCCCCAAGUUGGAAGCAGACACCAACAUCACAAAGCUAAAAGCACUGCUCAAGUCAAAAGAUGACACACAGCGCUUCGUUGGUCUGGCUCUAUUAAAGUCACUCCUCGACAAUACCCCAGAAAUUCGAAAUGACGAGGCCACAGUACGCGACCUGUGGUCUCACAUUUCGCCCAGAUUCCUAGAUCGCCUGCUGCGCACCGGCUCAAACCCGUCCAACAGCAACGCCAAACACAUGCUCGACAUUGGCGUAUCCAUACUCUACAAUUUUUCUAUUCUUCUUCCAGCGGCAGAUACAGCUUCGGUUUCCUUUACAGCGCGCAUACCGGGCCUGGUGGCAGCAGCGCUGUACAGCAGGGGAGAGACGACGGGGCUCUUGCUGCAGCUUCUGUACACGCUCGUCAACUCAAAAGAUGGCGCCGAGACCUUUAUGGAAGUUGAAGACACGACGCCACUCACGGAGAUUGCCACGAGCCAUGCCAUGGUGCUAGACAUUUUUGGUCGUGCGUGGGUGCACCACAUGGCCGGCGGCGCAGCUGGCGCAGUCUCUUGUCAAAAAAUAGACGCCGUCAUACAUACGUUGAGUGUCCUUUUCAAAGGAACAGAUGCAGUUACAUACCUGGCAUUUCUGGGGAAUUUUUUGAGUCAGGCUAUUCCAGCGGUUAUCCCCAAGAACCCAAAAUGGGUAUCAAUAACAGCUUCAUAUAUACAGCGUCUUGUUAUCAGUAGGCCUGCUCCGGAAGCGCGCGCUGCGUAUACCAGUGCAGCAGCCGCGCUUCUACAAGCAUAUCCUGAGCAAGCGUCCGAGCUUUUAUUCAGGGACACCACCAACAUUGAAAAGCCAUUCGGAUACCUCUUCAUUAACCUUCUUCUCAUUGACAUCCGAUCAUCCAUACCCACUCUACUCGCCUCUCUCAACUCCCCCGGAUACAAGCAGACCUCGAAGCGCUUGAUCGCUGACUUUGACGUUCUCUGCAUCUUCAUCGGCUACCUCGUGCGGUCCCUCGAGGACGAGUCCCUCGAGACCCUCAUCAUGCCCCCCGACAGCCUGCUCCGCAUCCGCAAGAGCAUAUCGGAAACCAUGUCCGUGACCAUUGAGUAUAUCCGCGACCGCUGGGACGCGGCACGCUCCGGCGCCAUGGGCUUUGAUUUCAGCGCUCGAGCCAGCAAGGCCGAGACGGCCACGGGCUCGCACCACACGCUCACAUGGGACUCGAUGGACGACGCUGUCGACGAGGACCUCUUUAUGCUAUCCGCGCUGCGUGCGCUGACGCUCUGGCUGCGCGAGGACGAGAAUGAGCAGCUGAGGAGCGAGGGUACCGGCAUCAUGGACGUUCUCAUGGAGCUCUACAUCGGGGGCCCGUCGGAAAGGGAUUUUCGACCCGUUAUUCUCGUGGGUCUGGAAGGUCUCGUCACAAUUCGUCAGGGCCGUGGCGCCUUUUUGCAGCAAAGUGGCUGGAGUAUCCUCGCCGAGAGCUUGGUCAGCACAAUCCAUGGGCAUUCCGAAGUCAAGGAUGAAGGAGAGGCAAGGAUCUGCGUCGACAUUGUACGCAUUCUGCUCGCCGUCGCUGAGGCUCAAAGGACGACGGAAGAAAGCUGGCUCGAUCUCAUCACCGGCGUAGCAGCAUGGGACGUCCCCGAUGGCAGCACCGCAUGCCUCGCGCGGGACGCACACGUGGCCGUUUUGCAGCUCUGCUGCACCGUGCUCGUCCAGGCCAAUAUGGGCAUGCGCAGCCGAUACAGGCACUCCAUCGGUGCCGUCGCGGGCAUCGCGGCACAAGUUCACCGGCAGAUUGGCCACUUGAGCGAGUACAGCGAGCAGAUGGAGGACGUAGUGGCAACAUUGGAUAGAUUACGAUAA